AUGAUUCAGUUGAGUAAAUUUCCACUAUUUUCAACCGUACUCAAAACAUACGAACAAGCUAGAAGAUACAAGAGAGUUUUGGGUGAUAAAGUGCGGGAACUGGAUGAAACUACCCUAACAGGCCGCCUAUUGGCCUAUGUAAGUCAUCCUACGGAACAAAUAAAUGCACCAAAACGUUCCGAAAGUAAGAUAGAACGGAUUAAAAAAUCAAUCGAAAGCUUGGAUACCGGUGGAAAAGCUUCGAAGCAUCAUUUCUUGCAAACAGUAGACGAACAAUGCACGAGAGAAUUGAAGCAAAUGAGCACCCUUUGCAUCUUCGACGUUCUUCACGCGCUUACGAAGAAAAUUCCUAAUAGGAUAACGGAGAGCGAGUUUUACGAGCGCUCGCUGCAGGAACUGGCCGCACGAUUGCCCUACCUCAGCAAAAACGAAGUCAUCCAGUACAUCUUCUAUAUGGGCUUGAAGAAGAAGAACAACAGCAACAAUCAAAUAUUGAAGAAAUGCUUAAACAAACUGAGCAAAUCCGGUUUGAGUACACUAACCGCAGAAGAUUUAUGCGUCAUUUGCAAUUCCACAUUUAAAACUACCACUAAAAUAAACGAUCAAUUCCUAUCUACAGUCAUUGCGUAUAUUCAAAACAACUUGCAUCUCUUCAAAGAUCCAGCUCUGCUCGUUACAUAUUUAAAAAGCAUUCGACAGAAUAGGUACCAAAACGAGGAAUUUCUAUCGACAAUAUCCUACACGAUACUGUUCAACAAAACCGCAGAACACUACUCGUUUUCUGCCUUGUGUCACAUACUGGCCCUUUACUCGGACUAUUUGUACUACGAUGAGAACGUUCUGAGGCAUUUCUGCGAAAAGAGCAUCGACAUUUUGAGGCAUUCGAGUUACACGACCAAAACCGAGCACAUGUCGAUCCAAUCGAGACUGAAGGAUAUCAAGAGACUGUUGUGGUGCCUGAGCAACCUAAAUUACACUAAAUUACCAGCGAGUGAUAUAAAAGAUGUGAUAAUUCCCAGUAUUGUACAAAGAGUCGAAGCCGGUGAUGUGGAAGAGAAUUAUACGAGUUUAAUCGAAAUUGCGCUGUACUUGUGGAUGUUGAAUUACAAGUCUCACGAACUCAUGCCGUAUUUUCUAAGGAAAACUGUUAUACAGCCACUGCUAAGUACAAACAGCCCGAUCAAACAACGGUUAAACUUGUUAUUAACUUGCUUGUUUUACGAAGAUAAAACGCUUUUAAAGGAAUCCGGGGUUUACCCGAAAUUCAAUUCGGAUUACGAUAUGAUGAAUCAAUUAAAAAAACGACCGGCGUUAAAGAAAGUCAUGGACAAUCUCGCGGUUAUUUCGAAGAGACACGAUUUAAAUAAAUUCCAAAUGAAUUGCCAGAUACCCGGUUUAAAUAUAAUCGGUAUAACCGGUUACAAAAAGAAAAUUUACAAAACCGCGUACCUAGAAAUCCUCGAUGAAUACACCACGUUAAAGAACACCGAUAAUUCCCCGACGGGACCGAUGCAACUCAAAUUGAGACUGUUGGAACGAAUGGACGAGGCCGUUAUUCUGAUCGACUCGAACGAAAUAGAGGGCAUGAGCGAUAAAGACGUUCAAAGGGUGUUACUGGAAGAAAUCGAGUUUGUUUGUUGA